AUGUCUCGUAUAUCUGCCGAAUUAGCCAAUAGUGCGCACAACGACUCGGUCAAUGGCUCAACAUCGAUAAUUACCAUGCAUGCAGCAAUCCGCAGCGCCAUGAAAUCUCCACGAAUAUCCAAACCACCGCGCGUCGCAGUUAUUGGCGCUGGUGUCGCUGGCCUACGCGCUUCCGAUGUCCUCGCCCGUAGCGGGUGCAAAGUCACGCUGUACGAAGCCCGCUCCCGUGUCGGCGGCCGCGUCCAUCAGCUCUCAUGUGGCGGGCACACGGUGGACAUGGGCCCCAACUGGAUCCACGGCACCGAGGGGAAUCCGAUCAUGACUAUGGCUAAAGCUACACACAGCGUGGUCACCGCGCCCGACGAGGCUGGCGGCGCUCUGUACGACUCGAACGGCCAUCGCAGAUCCGACGACGAGGCCGUUUCCUUGUCCGAGAAGGUGUGGGAAAUGGUCGUUGACGCCUUCAAGUACAGCGACGAGAAUAGCACGUCCAUCGACCCCCAAAGGAGUCUGUUCGAGCACUUCUCCGAACAAAUUGACAAGGCCAAUCCCAAGGUGGACGCAAAGCGCAAGACCGACCUCCUCGCCGAAGCACAGAUGUGGGGUCCCUUUGUAGGCGACUCGGUCGAGACACAGUCUCUGAAGUUCUUCUUUCUGGAGGAGUGCAUCGAGGGAGAGAACGUCUUUGUCGCAAGCACGUACCGCGAUAUUCUCGCCGAAAUUGCAAAGGUUACCAAACACCCGAAUGUUGAUUUGCUUCUGAGCACAGAAGUUACGAAAGUAGAUUAUACCGGUACGUCGUCUCCGAAAGUCACAGUGACGACCGCGACCGGCCAAAAGGCCAGCUUCGACGAGGUCGUAGUGACAUGCCCUCUGGGUUGGUUGAAACGAAACUACGAAAAAGUAUUCACACCUCGACUGCCACCUCGCCUGUCUGAGGCGAUACAACAUAUCAACUACGGCCGACUGGAGAAGCUGUACGUAACAUUUCCAUCUGCUUUUUGGAUCCGUGACGCAUCCUCUGGGAAGAUGAGUACGGACAACUUCCCCCUGUUCACCCACUUUCACGAUCCAAAGUACGUCGACCACUCCAGCAACGAGGCGUGGAAUCAAUCUGUAAUGUCGCUUGCACACAUGCCUUCCGGACACGAGCACCCCACGCUGCUCUUCUACGUCUACGGCGCUAACGGCACGCACAUGGUCGAUGCGGUGGCGAACCUCGAACCUGACUCUGCGCGGUACAAUGAAGUUCUGGACUCGUUCGCGCGGCCAUAUUAUAGCCGUCUGCCGACGUACUCGUCAACAGACCCAGCUUGCACGCCCAGCUCGUUCUUGAUGACGACUUGGCAGGCUGACCGGUUCGCAGGGAACGGAAGCUACUGUAACAUGCAAAUCGGCCUGGAGAAAGGCGACGAGGAUAUCGAAGUCAUGCGUGCGGCGGGCGGACUGAAUGAGCGAGGGGUGUGGAUGGCGGGUGAACAUACUGCGCCGUUUAUCGCGCUGGGAACCACGACGGGCGCGUGGUGGAGUGGUGAAGGUGUAGCGAGACGGAUAUGUUCGGUGUAUGAUAUCCCCGUGACGAAGGAUGUAUCUAUGUACGUUGGUGCAGAUGCAGACGGCGAAGAUACCCUUGUUGGUACAAAGAAGGAACUCGAUUCGAGGAAACCAGAUGCUGCUAAUCUAAGUGGACUGGCUAUAUGA